UUAAAAAUAUUCAGUAUUGCUGCUAGUAUUAGCAAUGAAUAAUUAGUUCUUUUAGUAAAAAAAACCAAAACAUAUAUAAUUAAAAGAACGCUAUCGUAAAAUAUCGAAAACGAAACGUAAUAAAAACAUUGUUCAUUAUUGUACUUAAUUUAAUUAAUUUCUCAUGUACUGUAUGAAUUUUAUUGUACCUACUACAUUCAAAUACAAAUUAUUGUUUAUGAAUAAAUAAAAUAAAAAAAUUAAACAGCUAUUAAUUAGCUUAUCAUUGUCAUAUAUAAUUAAUGAUUAAGUUAUUAUAGCUGUGAGCUUCCCGUGAAAAUAAUAAAUAAAUAAAUAAACAAACUAAUUAAACAAAAAAAAUUAAACAUUUUCAGGAGCGGCAAAAACAUGAAUUGGAGACAAUGGUAAAUAUAGAAGAACAAAAGAAGUUAACCGACUCUGUCGACUAUGAUGCACUUCAUUUGCAGAGACUAAUAAUCAACAAAACAGAAGAGAAAGUAAGAGAAAAGUUUCAAGAAGAAGAUAAUAAACUAUGACAAAGAAGAAAGCAUUUGAAAGCACUAUUAGAAAGAGAAGAAGAAGAAUUAAUACAGGAACUAAUUACAAAACAGGAAAUGGAGGAAUGCAGCGUUUGCAAAGAAAGAGUCAGUAAGAUACAAAACUAUGAAAGUGAAAUAGAAAAGGAGAAAAUAAGAGAAUGUCAAAAGGCUCUUGAAAGAGAAUCUAUUGCAAAAGGUAUGCAAUGUACAAAAGAAGAUGAAUUACGACUCAGAGAGAUGCAGAGGAUACAAAUGCAAGAAAAGAAAUAUUUAGAACAGGAAGAAGAAAAUAGAGAGAGGAUGUGGCAUAGUCUACUAUUAAACGAUGUGAAGAGAAAGGAAGAAGAGGAAAGAAUAAAAAAGCAAAGAGAUCAGCAAGAGAUGCUCGAGCGUCGUAUGGCGUAUGACGAACAAAUAGCCAGUGCCAACAGAAAGAGACAGGAGCUGCUGAGAGAAGAAAGGGAAAAAGAGAACAGGAGACUGGACAGAAUGAAAAAGAAAAUGGAGCAAGAUCAUUAUGACGCUAUAAAACGUAAAAAGGAACAGCAAUUAGUGAACAAACAAAAUUUUAUAGAAGGUCACAAUACAAAACUUUCGAGAUUGAAACAAGAAAAGAUGCAAGAGAGACAACUAGAAAAUAACACUAUUAGAAUAGCUUUAGAAGAAUUGCAGAAAGAGAGACAAAGAAAGAUUGAUGAGAUGCAUAACUUACGAAAGGAGAAAGAAAUCUGCACAACGAACGUUAACCAUGAGAGGAAAAUUGCUUGUGAAUUGGAGGAAGAGUCAGACAAAAUGACUUCAGAAUGGAAACGAAUGGAGGAAAACAAGUUGGACGAAUACCUUAGGAGAAUUGAAACUGAAAAAUUAAUGGGUAAACAGAGAGCUGCUCAAGACUACAAGAGAUAUUUAGAUGCGAAGAAGAAUGAAAUAGAGAGGGAGCGUCAAGAACGAAGCGAGAGGAUGCAACGCGUCACAAGAACCGCUCUGUCUGAACUGCAAAGGAAAUUAAACAAAGCCGAUGAGGAAUUAAGAAAACAAAUAGAGUAUAGAAGAAGUUUGAGUGAGCAGAUUAAGGAAAAUCAGAAAUUUAUAGAAUCCGAAUUAAAAGACAUUGCACACAAAGAAAGCCCCUUUACUAAAAGAGCAGAGCUGUUCAAAGAUGUAAUGGAAAGUAGACAUAAAACGUCAUCGACAAGGACAAGCACAAAUCCAGUUCAUCCAUUUAAAAGGUUAAUAGAAUCACAGGAAGCGAAAACAUCCCCGGUUCAAUUGCCAUCUAUUGUGAAAAGAUAAAAAAUAAACACGACCAAAGACA